AUGGACGACAAAAUGGCCAGGAACAAGAACAAGAAGGGUCAGGGCCAAGGCGCCGCCGGAAACCAGCAGCCCGGCAACAGCAGCAACUCCGAGGAGCAGAGGCCUGAAGAGCAGAAGCCUGAGGAGCAGAAGCCUGAGGAGCAGAAGCCUGAAGAGCAAAAGGCAGAGGACCAGAAGCCUGAGGGUACGACGCCCGUUGGCGAGUUCGGCAACCCCGCCGGGGAGGAGCAGUCCGGCACCGACGAGAAGAAGACCGAGGGUUCCCCCUUGGGCGGCGACGAGAGCAAGCCCGAGGACAAUGCUCAAGGUGACAAGCCUGAAGACCAAUCGCAAGACAAGCCCCAGGACCAAGCAUCACAAGACGAGAAGAAGCCCGGCGAGGACGCAAACCCGCAAGACGCGCAGCAGGAGAAGCCUGAAGACGCGCAAAAGAAGUCCGAAGGCGAGCAGGACAAGCCUGAGGACGAACAGAGCUUGACCGAGGACCAAAAAAAGAAAAAGAAGCUCGAAGAGGAGCAGAAGAGAAAAGCGCAGGAGCAGAAGGCGGCCGGCCAGGAGACGGACGACAAGAAGAAACAGUCGUCACAGCAGGCCGGCGUCGAGGACGAGAGCGAGCCCGCAUCCUCCACCGACAAGGAAAAGAAGCCGUCGGCGGCAGACCAGACCAAGGGCCAAGAGCCGUCCAAGGGCGACGACGACCAGGUCGAGGACGUCGAGGGCGAGUACUACGACGACGAUGACGAGGAGGGCGAAGAUGACGAAGAAGAGUACAGCGGUGACUCGCAAGACGAGGACGAUGACGAAGAAGAUUAUGACGAGGAUGAGGACUACGACUCGGACGAGGACGAGGAGGAAGACGACGACGACAACUACACGACACAGAACGGUCAGAUGACGCGACAGCAGCAGCAGCAGAUGCAGCAGCAACAGCAGAUGCAGAUGCAGCAGCAGCAGCAACAGAUGCAAGGCGGCGGCGACGCGGGCGGCAAGAACCCGCUGAAGCUGAGGCUCGACCUGAACCUCGACAUUGAAAUCACCCUGAAGGCCAGGAUCCACGGUGAUCUGACGCUGGCGUUGCUGUAA